AAUCAUUUAUUCAAAUUGUGGCAAGGUCUCCGACUUGUUUUUAUAUCUUUGCACAUUUGAAAUUUCCUAAUUUUGAUCGAUAUCCCUAUAGCAACCUUAUGAUAGCAACAAAGUUGUGUCAAAAUGCCCGAAAUGGGGGCUGAUAUGUAUUGUUCUCAACAAAUCUGUAUUCCACCGACUUUUCCCUACCUUUUGCGGCAGUUUGCUAAAGCCGCGAUAAGGACACAACCCAACGAUCUUUUGAAAUGGUCUACAACGUACUUUCGGUGCUUGUCUUUAAAUAUUCCGCCACCGGUGAAACCUCGACUUGAGUACCCCAUCCCACGGGAUCACCAUGGUCUUACUCCAGGCUGGCUUCGCGCCCUUUUAUACCAAAUGGUCGGUCAUCAAACCGUCACGUUUAAAACCUUAUGGGAUAGAUGGAUCGGGGCUUGUCUUCAACACCCCAACCUGAUCCAAAUUUUAGUCUUGGGGGGCUUCGAUGACAAUCAAGCCGUCCCUUGGUUGCGUUUCCUUGCUCUUUGUGCGGCACAUCUCACCGAUAAUCUCACUCAAACAAUGAUUCUCAUUUGUGAAAUAUUGACAGAAGAACCAGAAGGGGGCUCUGCGAUGAUUCCUCUUACGAUUUUUCUUGAUUUGUACAACUUUCUAGCCCGAAUUGAUGCCUCGUUGCCUCAAACAUUAAAAAAUUACUUCUUUUUGGAUAAGUUUCUUGAAUUGUUUCGCGAAAAAAUUGCGAAAGAUUCCGGAGAAAAACCGCAAGAAGAAGAACAAGAAACGGAUUUAAUGAGCGAAAUUAUGUCAGAAAUGACCGAAAAAAGUGAAAAAGAAACGAAGAGAGAUGAUGAGGGGUCGGUUGUUUCAUGUCCGAGUGUUACAAGUCAAGAUCCGGAUAAUUACAUGAAAUUAUUGAUGAAAAUUCGGGCUGAAGGUGAAUUUGAAGAAGCGGAAGAAGUUAAAGAAGAAAAAAGCGAUACUGAAGUCAAAGAAAGUGCAGUGGAAGAACCGGAAGAACGGAAAGAAUCAAUGGUUUCGGAGAAGAAAUUUUCAGAACAGUUGGCCGAGGAUGAGAAAAGUCCACAAUUUCCCGUCGAAGACGACCUUGUUUCGAAGAGUACGAGAAUGUCAUCAGAACCGAAUGAAUCUUUGAAGAAAGAUGAGGAAGAUUUGAAGCAAGACAAAUAUCUUAUGGAAGAUUUGGAAAGACUUCGGUCGUUACAAGAAGCGAUGAUGGGUGAAAGCGAUGACGAAGUUGAGAAAUUUAAAGCAAGCAUUUUAGCAGAAGCAGGCCUCACCGAGUCUCAAAUGGCUGCUCCUCAACAUUUUGAAACACGAAUAGACAGCGAAAUAUUCACUAACGAGUCACUUAAAAGCGACGAAACGUCGACAAGUGAACCUUCCGAAAAGGAAAAACCACCAGAGGUUGAAUAUGAAGAUGUGUUUGUGGACGCUGUACCCGGAAUUGGCCCCAGAGUCCCAGAAAAUUUAAUUGCGGCGGUUUGUAAUUACAUGAAAGAGGUGGCAAAAUGGCAACAUGAUAUGGUCAUGCCGAGGAAUAUACGACAUUUUGAUUGUCCGCCCUUGGAAAUUAGAAAUGAAUAGGGGGGUUUUCGGAACAGGGCUGACAAUUUCAAAAAAAAUUAAAUCUUAAUAUGCUAAAUAAAACGCUUUAUUUUUUUUCUGUUUCAAUGUCACAAUUUUGGGUAACUUCAUAAACGUACCGAAGUUUACCGAGUUACUCCCUCGGCAUGCACCCGACAGUAGAUAGAAUACAGUUUCCUGCAUUCCAACCAAAGGAAAAUAUUUUCUUUAGAGAUUUAUUCUUUAUUAGUUUAUUAAGACACGUUUUUAAUAAAUAAAAUAAUACUCCAUAUUUGAAUAAGACGUGUUUUCUUAUUUUGAACAAAAUUAUAGUUUC